AUGGGUAUGGUGAUGCUUCAAGUUCUUUGCUUUGUGGGGAAAGUCUGUGCCAUUGCUUGUUUAUUAAUUUUUCAAGGAUCUGCAGGAUAUGAUAUAUCCCCCUCUCCGACAAGUCUUUCUGCAAUUUCUCCUAUUGGAGACAGAACGCCUGGUCAUGUCAUCCAAGAUAAACCAUUGAGAAGCAAUACAUCAGCUCCAGCAUCUCAGCCAAAUGGCUCCUUUUUACACCUUCCACUUUUGUUGCCACCUCUCAAGUCUUCCCCAGCCCCCCAAACAAGCAAAGGUAUUGCACCAUCCUUGUCACCAAGUACUCCCACAUUGUUGCCGCUAAACACUUCAGCUCCAACCCCUAUAGCUUUUCAAGGCAUCUCACCAUCAACGCCACCAAGAGCGCCUCAAAAUGCAGUAACAGUUGCAUCACCCUCGAGUAAGUCACCACAAUAUCCACCUGCCAUUCAGCCACCCAUGCCAGGAUCCAUGCCACCAAGUCCUCAUCAAAACAAGACGCUGGCUCCACUCACUGUGCCAAUUGCUCCAACACCGAGGAAUAUGACACAGAAUCCACCAGCUACCCACCCAGUCAUACCUGGAGUACCACCAUCCAUUUUGCCUGUGCCUGUUGCAUCACCUCCACUCAACUUGGCAGGAAAUCCACCACCCAUCCGUCCUACAUUGCCUAAAGAACCUCCAUCUAAUUUACGAGAACCUAGUAUUUCUCCUGUAUCAACUCCUUCACCAAGCACUACCAGGAACAGAGAUGGCAUGCCAGUUGCUGCACCUCCUAGUGGAAUGCCCAGGCAGCAUUCACCUGUGAACCCUUCUCCAAAGGAUUCUCCUUCCACGCACAAUGCCACGAGACACUCCAAUAUUGCUCCUUCUCCUCUUUCAUUUCCCAAGUCUCCUCCGGCUACAGGGUUUAAUUCUGCAUCACCUUUACCUUCAACCGCAUUUUACAGGCAUCAUCAUGCAAGAAAACAUAUCACCAGCCCUGCUCCAUUAUCAUAUCUUGUUCCGCCUCCUACUUCAACUGAACAAGAUCCAAAGAAUAACCAAAUGCACUAUGCGCCUCCACCCUUGCACCCAGGCUCUUCAGUCUCCCCAUCCCAUUUGCCAUUUCCAUCAUCUGAGAGCCCUAUUUCAUCUGCAACCCCAUCAUCUCCAACAGCUCCAUCUGUGCAAACUGAAAUGCCCUUUUCCCCCCCGAAAAUUUCUCCUUCUGGGUCUUCACCAAGGAAUCCAAAGAUGCCGCUCCUGCCACGAAUUCAAGCACUACCACCUCCUCCGCCUAAUGAAGAUUGUACCUCACUUACAUGCACGGACCCAUUAACUAAUAUGCCCCCUGGAUCACCAUGUGGCUGUGUCUGGCCCAUGCAAGUUGGACUACGCCUUAGUGUAGCAUUGUAUACCUUCUUCCCUCUGGUUUCAGAGCUGGCUACGGAAAUUGCUGUUGGAGUAUUUAUGCAGCAAAGUCAAGUUCGCAUCAUGGGAGCAAAUGCAGCCAGCCAGGAUCCAGAAAAGACAAUUGUUCUCCUUGAUUUGGUUCCACUUGGAGAAAAAUUUGAUAAUACUACGGCUUAUCUGACAUAUCAGAGAUUCUGGAACAAAGAAGUUAUUAUAAAACCUUCAUUCUUUGGUGAUUAUGAAGUUUUGUAUGUGCACUAUCCAGGUCUUCCCCCAUCACCACCUUCGGCACCUUCAAGCAUUAGUAUUAUAAAUGGUGAGCCGUAUCCUGGUCAUGACAAUAAUGCAAGUACCAUACACCCCCUAGGGGUUGAUGUGAGGAGGCCACAGCAUAAAGAUGGGUUAAAUAGCAGCGUCAUUGCAAUAAUAGUUUUGUCAGCCUCCAUAGCGGUGAUUUUAUGUUGUGCAGUUGCUUGGGUUUUGCUGUUCAAACAUAGAAACCGCAUGUACCAACCGGAGCCAACUCCACCAACUGUGCUGCCUUCCCUAGCAAAAUCCUCAGGGAUUGCUGCAUCUAUGAUUGGGAGUGGGCCCAGUUCUUCGUUAUCAUUUGAAUCUAGUUUUGCAACUUAUACUGGUUCUGCUAAGACAUUCAGUUCGAAUGAUAUAGAGAGAGCAACCGAUAACUUUAAUGCUUCAAGAAUACUUGGUGAAGGUGGUUUUGGUCGUGUUUAUAGUGGUGUGCUUGAAGAUGGGACAAAAGUGGCUGUCAAGGUACUUAAGAGAGAUGAUCAGCAGGGUGGUCGUGAAUUCUUGGCCGAAGUUGAGAUGCUUAGCCGCCUUCAUCACAGAAACUUGGUUAGGUUGAUUGGCAUAUGUACAGAGGAGCGCUCUCGCUGCUUAGUAUAUGAACUCAUUCCAAAUGGCAGCGUGGAAUCUCAUCUACAUG